GAAAGGAGAAGAGAGGACAGGGGAGGGCUGAGAAUAGCGCAACAGCUAGCUCGCUGGCAAGCGGAGCCUCCGGAGACCAGGCGCCACAUCUUCUCACCGGCUCGCCGUUUCAACAACAGCCGGUUUGUAGACUACGCCCCCCCCCCCGCCACAAGGAACUAGCACGAAGGCGGUGCCGGGUCGACGUUAGCCACCGAGUUAAGCGCCAGCGAGCUAGCUAGCUUAACGCUGCCGAACGUACCGCCUAGCUAGCCGCUAGCCGAACAAUAGCGGGGUUAGCGUCCCGGACCGAGCACCGCGUCAGAGGAGCGUCGUUCCCGCGGGUGAGCGGCUGGCUGAAACUUUGGCACAAUGACAUCCAGGAAGAAAGUUCUUCUGAAAGUCAUCAUUCUGGGGGAUUCUGGUGUCGGAAAGACCUCUCUGAUGAACCAGUAUGUGAAUAAGAAGUUUAGUAACCAGUACAAAGCUACAAUAGGAGCAGACUUCUUGACCAAGGAAGUAAUGGUGGAUGACCGGCUUGUUACAAUGCAGAUCUGGGACACGGCUGGCCAGGAGAGAUUCCAGUCUCUGGGCGUUGCGUUCUACCGCGGAGCAGACUGCUGUGUGCUGGUGUUCGACGUGACCGCACCCAACACCUUCAAGACUCUAGACAGUUGGAGGGAUGAGUUUCUGAUCCAGGCCAGCCCCAGAGACCCCGAGAACUUCCCCUUCGUAGUGCUGGGAAAUAAGAUUGACCUGGAGAACAGACAGGUAACCACCAAAAGGGCUCAGGCGUGGUGUCAGAGUAAGAACAACAUCCCCUACUUUGAGACCAGCGCCAAGGAAGCCAUCAACGUAGAACAGGCAUUCCAGACAAUUGCACGCAACGCUCUUAAACAGGAAACAGAAGUGGAGCUGUAUAACGAAUUCCCAGAGCCCAUCAAACUGGAUAGGAACGACAGAGCUAAGCCUUCAGCGGAAAGCUGCAGCUGUUGAGGGGCGACUUGGACCAUCUUAUUUCUGGCUUUCUGGAACACCCCGUCACCAGAUGCAUCACCAACGUUAUCCUCCUAGGGGAAAGGAUUUCCCUGCUGGUCUUCCUCCUCCAUGCCACUGUUUGUUCCAUCAACACCCGCCCCCCCCCCCACCCCGCCCCCCACACACUUCCCAUACCUCACACACGCAAACACAGUACGCUGCACCUGGAUGUAUCCCCACCUUUAGCACACACAUUAAUACUCUAGAAUAUUCUUACUUAAACAUGCUGGCAAACCCAGCGCCCAAAGAUCACGUGAGAGAAGAGUGACACCCCUUCCGAUCUCACCAUACCUGACUCGCCAACCUUAAUGCCUGGCUGCGCCCCCCCCCUCCCUCUCUCUCACUUAUGCGGGGGUGAGAUGGAGCCAUGUUCUGAGAGUGCAGUUGGGAACUCUAGAUGGACUGGCCGAUGCUCUUUAAUGAGACGGGAGAUGAUGUUGGCUAAGCUAAGCGUCCCAAGUAUAUAAUUCUAUUCUCUAUUAUUUUCUGUUCCUCGAAGUGUUGCUUUCUUUUGCCUCUCUGUUGAAAAGUAAUCAAGCUUAACUAAAUAUAUAUGUAUUUUAAUUGGCUAUUUAUGUCUCAAGCCAAUCUUAAACACGUUCUUGCACUUUUUUUUCCUUCCCUUUAAAUGUUGAAAAUGCGGAGGGAUGACUGACUUUGGACAAUGUGUGCUACUGCCCACUGAUUGGUGUGUUUCAAAUUCAACACUUUUUUUAUUUUUUGGUCAGAUUCCCCCGAGAGUCUAUCGAACACCACGGUGAUUGUAUCGCCAAUGCCCCUUAUAGGUUGCGUGUCGGUGGGUUUAUAUCACACACAUAAGACGAAAUCAUCCUUAGUAGAAAUAAGAACAGCUGACGCAGACUCCGUUUAGAAAAACCAAAACAAAAAAAGAUUAAUUUCCUGAGACGUUGACACAUUUGCCUUUUUAUGUAACAUUUCUCGAACUGCCAUUACUGCUGUAUGUGUUCUGUCCUCUUGUCAGGCGUCCUCUAUCAGCGCCAUGGAGUCACCACCGUCACCCACGCAGCAUACACCUGUCCACCGUCAUGUCUCUGCCAUUGCUGUUAUCUGUCUGCUUGUAGCUCAGGUUGGCUAAAAAAAUGUUACUUUUUAACAGAUUAUGUAUUAAUGCGUAUAGAUGGUACAGGCUGACGGAUUGAACAGAGGUGGACAUUCUCUCCUCCCAUCUAAAGAAAUUAUUAAUUUUUUUGUUUUGUUGCCAUAGUAUUACUCUUUUUCCUUAUAGAAAAAAAAAUCACUGCAAUGCCAAUGAUGUUGUCUAAAAAAUUGGGAUGUCGGAUAAUAAAAUUCUUGGAUAUAUCAGUUGUCUCACUUGAAA